AUGUCAGCCAACGGUAACGCACCCGUAGCAGGCCCCUCACGGCCCAAGAAGACCAAGAAGCGAUCAGCGGUCACACCCGAAGAGCCCAUCGCCCCGCCGUCCAAAUCAGCCCGGGUCGCAUCACCAACGGGGACAGGCGAUGACUUUGAGUCGGGCGAGAUGCAGCUCGGGACAGGCGUAGAUCCCAUGGAUGCGCUAGAGCAACAGGAUGCGACAAUGGUCGAUCCGAUGGACGCCAUGGAGGCGAACGGGGAGGACGGGAUGGAGGAGGAUGGAACACAAGUGGUAUUGCCAAAACGAGCGGAUGAGUUUGAGCAGCAGGCGGAGCGGGAGGUGGAUGCUGCGAAAGGGCUGGGAGGGGAGCAGGCGGAGGGCAAGAUGAAGCUGGUACAUCAGGUCCGACAUCAGGUCGCUAUCCCCCCAGACUACCCUUACCUCCCCAUCGCCCAGCACAAGCGGAAUGACCCGCCCGCUCGGACAUACAAGUUUGAGCUGGAUCCUUUCCAGCAUGUCGCCACGAGCUGUAUUGAGCGGAACGAGUCUGUGCUGGUCUCGGCGCAUACCUCGGCAGGAAAGACGGUAGUGGCGGAGUUUGCUAUUGCUACGUGUCUCAAGGAGGGGCGGAGAGUGGUGUAUACCUCUCCAAUCAAGGCUCUGUCAAACCAGAAAUACCGAGAGUUCUGCGAGCUGUUCGGAGAUGUUGGUUUGAUGACUGGAGAUGUCACCAUCAAUCCUACUGCAUCUUGCCUGGUCAUGACUACCGAAAUUCUGCGAUCUAUGCUGUACAGAGGUUCCGAGGUCAUGCGUGAAGUAGCCUGGGUAGUCUUUGACGAGGUCCACUAUAUGCGAGACAAGGAACGUGGUGUCGUAUGGGAAGAGACGAUCAUCCUUCUCCCCCACUCGGUCCGCUACGUUUUUCUCUCCGCCACCAUUCCCAACUCGAUGGAAUUCGCCGAGUGGAUCUGUCAAUGCCACAACCAACCCUGUCACGUUGUAUACACCGACUUCCGACCGACGCCGCUACAGCACUACUUGUUCCCGUCUGGCUCGGAGGGGAUCUACCUUGUCGUCGAUGAGCGGAGCAACUUCCGAGAAGAUAACUUUCAAAAGGCGAUGGCGGCGUUGGCGCAAGGUCAGGGGGAGGACCCGGCGGAUCCGAGUAGUGGGAAGGGGAAGAAGGGGAAGACGAGGAAGGGUGGGGCUAUGAAGGAAUCAUCCGACAUCUACAAGAUCGUCCGGCUGAUCAUGACCCGCGGUCUCAACCCCGUCAUCAUCUUUGCCUUCUCCAAGCGCGAAUGCGAAGCCCUCGCGAUGCAAAUGUCCAAGCUCGACUUCAACACCCCCGAAGAGGCCGGCUCGGUCGCCCAGGUGUUCGAAAGCGCCAUCAGCGGUCUCUCGGAGGAUGAUCGCAAACUCCCGCAGAUCGAACUCAUCCUACCGCUCCUCAAGCGGGGGAUCGGAAUCCAUCAUGGUGGACUGUUGCCGAUUCUCAAGGAGGUCAUUGAGAUCCUGUUCCAGGAGGGACUGAUCAAGGCGUUGUUUGCGACCGAGACGUUCUCGAUUGGGCUGAAUAUGCCGGCCAAGACGGUGGUAUUUACGAGUGUGAGGAAGUUUGACGGCAAAGACUUUAGGAAUCUGUCUGGAGGAGAAUAUAUCCAGAUGUCUGGUCGUGCCGGUCGUCGAGGACUUGAUGCCCGAGGUAUCGUCAUUAUGAUGGUGGACGAGAAGAUCGAGCCGGACGCGGCCAAGUCGAUGGUCAAGGGUCAAGCGGACAGGCUCGACUCGGCCUUCCACCUCGGCUACAACAUGAUCAUCAACCUUAUGCGUGUCGAGGGCGUCAGUCCAGAGUAUAUGCUCGAGAGAUGUUUCUUCCAGUUCCAAAACACGAUGAGCGUGCCGGUGUUGGAAGAGCAGUUGAAGAAGGCCGAGUUGGAACGAGAUGGGUUCAAGAUCGACAGGGAGGAGGAGAUUGAGGAGUAUUGGGAUUUGAGGAAGGUGUUGCAGGAGAAGGGAGACGACUUUAGGGCCGUCAUCACGCACCCGACCUACUCACUGCCCUUCCUCAAUACCGGUCGUCUUGUGGAGAUCAAGGACGGAGAUAAGGACUAUGGUUGGGGAGUGGUUGUUGCAUACAACAACAUCACGGGACAAAAGGGUCGCAUACAAGCUAUCUCAGAGGACGAUCCUCCUCAGAAAUCCUACAUCGUCGAUGUCCUCCUCAGGAUCGCCUCGGACUCGCUUAUCGGCCGAGACCGCUCAUCUGCGCAAUUACCGCCCCCACCACCCGGAGAUCAAGGCCAGAUCGCUGUCGUCGCUGUCCUGCUCACCACAGUGCAGUCGAUCUCGCAGUACCGUAUCAACCUGCCUAAAGACCUCCGGGGUCAGGCGGAGCGGAAUAGCACGUUCAAGGCUGUCACGGAGACGCUGCGGAGGACACCGGAGGGUCCGCCUUUGCUGGACCCGAUCAAGAACAUGGGGAUCAACGACAAGUCGUUCAAGGAUCUGGUCAAGCAAAUCGCCCUUCUCGAGCAAAAGGUCGAGUCCCUACCCAUCGCCUCCUCACCCGACCUUCCCCGCUUGUACGACCUCUACGCCACGAAGCAGAACGCCAUUGACACGGUCAAGGCGCUCAAGCGCAAGAUCAACUCGGUGCAUGACGUCCUUCAGCUCGAAGAGCUCAAGUCGCGCAAGCGUGUCCUUCGCCGGCUGGGCUUUGCAACGCAGGACGACGUAGUGGAGAUGAAGGGAAGGGUGGCGUGUGAGAUCUCGACGGGAGAUGAGCUGUUAUUGACGGAGAUGAUGUUUGGGGGAACGUUUGGGGGGUUGGCGCCGGAACAUUGUGCGGCGUUGCUCAGUUGCUUUGUGUUCCAGGAGAAGUCCGAAGCCAAAGUCAGGCUCAAGGAAGAACUCGCUACCCCUCUUCGGGUUCUACAAGAGACCGCUCGCCGGAUCGCCAAAGUAUCGACCGAGUCCGGUAUCGCGCUCAUCGAGGACGAGUAUGUCCAAAGUUUCAAGGUGGAGAUGAUGGAUGCUGUUCUGCAGUGGUGCAAGGGCGCCAAGUUUAGCGAGAUCUGCAAGUUGACAGAUGUCUUCGAGGGCUCCAUCAUUAGAUGUUUCCGCCGAUUACAAGAGCUCUUGCGCCAGAUGGGAGCUGCGGCGCAUGCUAUUGGGAACACGGAGCUGGAGGACCUGUUUGCGAAAUCGCUGGAUAUGCUCGAGAGGCCAAAUACCGUUGUGUUCAACCCAUCAUUGUAUCUAUAG